GUGAAAAUAACGCCGGCUCAUGACUUCAAUGAUUUUGACGUGGGGAAGCGGCACAACUUGGAAAUGUUGACAAUUCUGUCCGAGGAUGGAAGGAUCAACGAAAACGGAGGUCAAUUUCAGGGCCUUAGCCGUGUCGAGGCCCGGCUGGCCGUGGUCGAGGCCCUCAAGGAGCUCGGCCUAUUCCGCGGCGAGCGGCCGCAUCAGGUGGCCGUGCCCGUCUGCUCCCGCACCGGUGACGUCAUCGAGCCCAUGGUGAAACACCAGUGGUUCGUCCGCUGCGACCAGAUGGCAGCAGCGGCGCUGGAGGCUGUGGAGGCCGGGGAGCUGGUGAUCGAUCCUCCGGCGCUGGCGGCCACCUGGCGAAAGUGGCUGGGCGGCUGCAGGGACUGGUGCGUGUCGCGCCAGCUGUGGUGGGGCCACCAGAUCCCGGCGUACUGCGUCAGGCGCCUGGACGGCACGGAGCGCUGGGUGGCGGCCGCCUCCGACCAGGACGCCCUCAGCAAGCUGGGCCUGACGCCCGCUGAUGUGACGGCUGUCCGGCGAGACCAAGACGUCAUGGACACAUGGUUUUCGUCCGCCCUCUUCCCGUUUACGGUGUUUGGCUGGCCUAAACAGACUCCUGAGCUGGCCCAGCAGUACCCAUUGUCGCUGAUGGAGACCGGUCACGACAUCCUCUUCUUCUGGGUGGCCAGGAUGGUUAUGCUCGGCCAGGCUCUUACUGGACAGCUGCCGUUCAAGAAAGUACUGCUGCAUGGUCUCAUAUGCGACGCUCAUGGUCGGAAGAUGUCCAAGUCGCUUGGAAACGUGAUCGACCCGGACACCAUUAUAGAGGGCGCCACGCUCGACCAGCUGCACCAGCAGGCGCAGCUGCAGCUGUCGUGGAGUCCUGCGUGA